AUGUCUGCUAAUAACAACAAACCAGAUUCUCAUAUUGAUUACGAGGACGCGAUAGAUUACUGGACCAAUACACCAGCAACAGUGGAUGGUGUUCUCGGAGGUUACGGUGAGGGAACCACAGUUCCCACAAUGGAUGUACUUGGUUCCAACCAUUUCCUACGUAAGUUAAAAUCAAGAAUGAUUCCAGAAGAAAAUUAUAGGAAAUAUGGUGCUGAUAUUGGUGCUGGGAUUGGACGUGUCACCAAGACAAUGCUGCAUAAACAUUGUGCUGUCAUUGAUUUGGUGGAACCAGUAGAUCCAUUUUGUAAACAAAUAAAGGAAGAAGUGAAGGAACUUUCCAAACAAGGGAAAAUCGGACAAAUAUAUCAAGUGGGCAUGCAAGAUUGGACUCCUGAAGAGGGGAAAUAUUGGUUGAUUUGGUGUCAAUGGUGUGUGGGACAUUUACCUGAUGAAGAACUGGUCAAGUUUUUCCAAAGAUGUGUGAAGGGUUUACAACCAAAUGGUACUAUAAUUGUCAAGGAAAAUAACACUCCAUCAAACCAAGAUGAUUUCGAUCCGGAAGAUUCUUCUGUGACAAGAUCUGACAAGAAGUUUAAGGAAUUGUUUGAAAAAAGUGGAUUAAAAUUAAUUGCGACUGACAGACAAAAGGGCUUACCUGAAGAACUAUACCCAGUGAGGAUGUAUGCUUUGAAACCGAAGACGGUAUGA